GGCUUCGUCUCCUAUUUUUGGGGGCAAGCCCCGGUGGCCUGUCACCUGUGAAGUGAAGGAAUAGAUCGACCGACCAACAACGGGCGCGCGGCGGCGGCGCCGGACUCGGCAAAGAACCUGCUGGCAGUGUGCGGUUCGUUCCUGCAUGCCGCGUCGACGUCGUCUCGCAGUGGCAGAGCUGUGCGCCACGCGUUCGCUUGUGCACGACGCCGCGCCCGCGCGCGCUUACCACCCGGCGGCGUUCGCCGAUCGAUCGACCGAUCCGCCGGGACUCCCUCCAUUUCUCUAAAUACGGCCUCGACCAGUUGACCCGCGGCUUUUGUUAUCUGGCCGGUCAGCAGCUGCAUAAAUACAGCAACCAAAGCCCUGCCUAGCUCCCUCCUCCGGAAUCGUCGGCAAUGGCUCCUGAUGCGUGUGUGCUUCUGCAGCUGCUCGCUGCUGCUCUGGUGGCGAUGAUGGCGGCGACGGCGGCCACCCAGCAAGCUGCUCCUGCGCCGCGCGGCGGCCUGCGCCCGCUGCCAUACAACUACCUCGUGCUCACCCAAGGAAUGGGAGGGUACAAGAGGAACCAGCAGCUGACGUGCCCGGACCCCAAGACGAAGCAGCCAGGGUGCAUGACCAAGUGUGAUUCCCGCUGCCCCAACCAGUGCAUCGUCGUCUGCCCCGGCUGCAAGACCUACUGCAUCUGCGACUUCUACCCCGGCAUGUCGUGCGGCGACCCGCGGUUCACGGGCGGCGACGGCAACACCUUCUACUUCCACGGCGGCAAGGACCAGGACUUCUGCAUCUUCACCGACGCCGGCCUCCAUAUCAACGCGCACUUCAUCGGGAGGCGCGACCCCGCCAUGAGCCGCGACUUCACCUGGAUCCAGGCGCUCGGCAUCCGCUUCGCGCACCACCGCCUCUACGUGGGCGCCCACAAUAAGACCGCCAGGUGGAGCAGCGACGACGUCGACCGCCUCGACCUGGCCUUCGACGGCGAGCGCGUCGCCAUCCCGGCGCACACCGGCGCCGCGUGGCGGCCCCCCGCCGCGCCUGCGCUCGCCGUCACGAGGACGGCCGCGGCCAACGGCGUGCGGGUGCGCCUCGAGGGGGUGCUCGACGUCGUGGCCAACGUCGUGCCCGUCAGCGAGGAGGACUCUCGCGUGCACGGCUACGGCGUGGCGGAGGACGACUGCCUCGCGCACCUGGACCUGGGGUUCAGGUUCCUCGACCUCACCGACGACGUGCACGGCGUGCUCGGGCAGACGUACCGAUACGACUACGUCAGCCGGCUUAGCGUCACCUCCAGGAUUCCUGUCAUGGGCGGCGCGGCAGAGUACCUCUCCUCGGAUAUCUUCGCCACCGACUGCGCCGUUGCAAGGUUCGGCGACGACGACCGCCGUGCCGACACCUCCAUGCUCACCUCUGCCAGGGCCUAUUAAUUAUUUAAGCACGUCGCCGUUCGAUGCAGCGAUCGAGCAAAUAUCAGUAUCACACGCACGACGCGCUUAUAUGGGAAUAAAUAAUAUAGUACAGUAUAAUGGUAUAUAUGUUGUAGUAUUUCUUUUCUGUCAACAUAGUAGUUUUCAGUUUUAUCACAAGUGUCUCAACU